GGGACGAAGCAGAGAGGGAGACGCCGAGUGCUCAGUACCGCUAGGUCCGCCGCCGCCGCCGCUGCUGCUGCUACCGUGUCUCCGUGGGUUUAAACAAGCUGCAGCACGGGGCUCCUCGCGAGGGACCCUCCCCCUUCCCCCCCGAGAGUGAGUGUAUAUAGGGUCCUCUCACUCGCUCUGCGGCGCCUUCAAUUCUGUUCGGUUCUCCCUCUCUCUCUCUUCCUCUGUCUGCGUGUGCGCGGCGGCAAACGCCUACCUACCUACCCGUCGCUGGGCCCCCUUUGUCUCGGUUGUUUGUUUGUUACUCUUUUGGCUUUGAUUUACCGAGCUGCUGCUGCUGAUUGCCCUUUCUUUAUUUUCAUUACAAUUAUUAUUUCUUUUUUUUUUUUUUUUUUUCACAACCAUCUUUUGGAAAGGAGAAGAAAAAUCAUGGUGCUCUGAUCUUCAGUUUGUGCCUCUACGAUAUGGUUACUACUGCUGUUGUUGUUGAUUAUUUAUGUGACGGUUGACGAGCCCUCUUUGCUAGUGAUCUGUGUGAAAAAAAAAAAAAAAAAAAAAAAAAAGGAUAACGCUCAAAUGAUUGAAUAAAUAGUAAAUCGGUCCGAAUUGUGUGACGAAUGGCCAAAGUGGCGUGCAAAAGUUGCUGGAGACAAGGGCAGUAGUGGGCAACAGCCAUCGUCGAGGAAACAGACACUAGGAGGACAAGGAGGAGGAGGGCUCCCAACAAAGACGGCCGAGGCAUGCCAGCAGCAGCGCUCGCUGCAGCAUGAGGACGUCCUCCUGCGUCAACUACUACGUGCUCUGCCUCGUGUGCUGGGUACUGCUCGGCAUCACCGGGGUAAGCACGAAAUCUCACUUGCUGGUAAAACGAUACGGCGGCCUCUAUACGGGUCCCUACAUCGACGCCCAAAACGUGACCAACGUGACCGUCCAGCUCGGCACUUUCGCCUAUUUGCCCUGCAAGGUCCGACAGAUCGGUAACAAAUCGGUGUCAUGGGUGAGGACGAGAGACGCACACAUACUGGCAGUGGACAGAACGGUGUUCAUAGCGGACGACAGGUUCGAGUCGCGCUUCAUCGACUCGACGAGUACGUGGGCGCUCGUGGUCAAGUACGCCCAGGAGCGCGACGAGGGAGAGUACGAGUGCCAGAUAUCGACGGAGCCCAAACUCAGCCACACAGUUAAUCUGACCGUUGUUGUGCCCAAAAUCGAAAUACUUGGCGACAAGGACUUGCACGUGAAUCCAGGCAGUAAAGUCGUGCUGCAGUGCGUGAUCAAGCACUCGCUCGAGAUACCUUUUACCGUGUUCUGGUAUCAUCAUGAGCGCCAGCUACCUGAUCAGCGUCGCAACCGCAUGACCAUACAAACGAAGGUAAUCGACGGCACGAACAAUACCGCGAGCAACCUCACGAUCGAGAACACCGUCCUCUCAGACUCUGGCAACUACACCUGUCGGCCUAGUAAUCUCGACAGCACGAGCGUACAGCUUCACGUGCUCAAUGGUGAGCACCCGGCAGCGAUACAGCGGGGCAUAAGCUCGGUGCCAGGCUGCUGUAGAUUCCUGUGCUGGUUCGCUGGUGCCCUAAGCCUCACGGCAAGCGAGUCCGAGCGAGGCCGGCUUUGCGGUCUGCUGCUCGUGGGCUUCGCCGUCGCCGUCACCCAGACGUAUCUGCCGCCGACGAGCGUCGCCUGGACCCGAUGAAGAGGAACGAAGACAGAAGUGAAAACAAUUAGCCCUUAUCCUCUCCCUCCUCCUCCUCCUUUUAUUUAUUAUUAUUAUUAUUUUUUUAAAUUAAUUAAUUUAUUUACGAAAUAACGUAACCUAUACAUAAUAUACAUAAUGGAGAAUGAGGAUGGGUGCAAAGAGGCCACAACUGUAUCCUUGGCGGAUAGAAGCAGCUGAUGAGGGAAAUAAAUGACGCGUCGUUUGUUUGCUCGUCGUUUUGGCUACAAGUCGGGCGUGCAUCGAAAAAGAAAGUUUGUAAGAUAAAAAAAAAAUGAAAAAUGACUUGUCUCUGUGCUCGCAGGUUCUCGCCACACGAUCGUUGCGAAUUAAGCUCGGACGAAUUCUCGAUUCAUGGUAUGCGAUUGAAGUAAAAAAAAAGCGUACUGCAAAUUAUUUUUUUCACGCAAUGACACUUCCAAGGAGUCGCUGGAGGACUGUCAUUACUGCGCUGAGAACUCCAUGAUGAUUUAAAAGUACGCUAUAUUGGAGCUUGCAGUUGGUCGACGCGUGCAAUGAUUAAUCUUGUGAUGUAUACGAGUACCAUCGAGCUAAUUCCAACUAUCGUUUGCAAACUCAUUUUUCUUUUUGAUAUGUAUACAUAUUCGAGCGAUACAUCGUUGAAAUGAAAAAUCGUGUCGAUUGUAUUUGUACACGUCUGCAAGUGCAACUUGAGACGACUCUGGAAUUUUGAGAGAAUAAAAGGUGUUGAUUCGCUCCGCGCGCGAAGAAAAUACCACCAACUCUGGCUUAUUUGGCCCAAAAAUCUUGGUUGUAUUUUCUUUU